AUGUUGUCUACAAAUCCUCAGGAUGAUAAAAACAAUCAUAAAGUCAAGCUUGAUAAUAAAAACGACGAACAGAGAAUAUUAUUCGUUUAUAUUUACGAUUUUUUAAAGAAAAACGGGGCUACUGAAACUGCUAAAGUAUACUUGUCUGAAGUUGAUAUAACUAAACAUUAUAAACCUGUCGAUGGUGCAAACGGUUCAUCUGCUGCUGACAACGAUUCAAAUUCUUUGCCUGACGUUGAACUACCUGUAAAUGCUCCUGAAGGGUUUUUAUAUGAAUGGUGGAAUUUGAGAAUGAGAAAUAAUCAACGUGCUCGUCUUUCGUCGUUACAUGAUGGUAGUGGCGAGAGAGAAGCCGACGAUGAAGUAUUAUCGUUGAUUAGUAGUAGUGAGAAUACAAGUCAUGGUGGGAGUAGUAUGUUAUCAAGACAUAUAACAUCAGCAAGUGCUACUACUACCGUAACCGAUGAAAGUUUAUUAACUCGGAAUACGAGCCUUUCAUCAAAUGUCGCUAAAGAUGAAAAACAAGGCCAUGAUAUUAAUUGA